AUGUCCGUUACCGUCUACGUUAUCGUCUUAUGGCUCCGCCGAAAGGACUCAGAAGAGAUCGCUAAGGAGCUAAUCGUGCGAGCCAAAGCCAGUCUACGUGGCGCGACGCCCGCUGACGUGGCAGCUGGCGUGGCGCAGCUCUCCGCGGCGGUGGACCGCGCGCCGUGGCUGGCGGGGUCGCUGCAGGAGAUCCGCGCGCGCGCGCUGAUGCGCCUGCAGCGGUACGAGGAGGUGGUGGCGGUGCUGGCGGAAUAUCUACCGGAUCUCUCCACUGUGCACAACGCCAUGCACUACACGGAGGACGAGAACAAGACAGCCACGGACAUGUGGCAGUGUCUGCUACUGGGGCAGGCCACCUACCACCUGGGCUGGCUGGACGAGGCGCUCGUGCUGCUCCGACGCGCCAAGAGGCUCAGCCAGGCUGUAGCGCGCAAGGAGAGUGCGAUGAUGGACGAGGACCAGUUUCCAGUGUUCGACGCCUCCCAUCCCGCAGCCAUGGCGCCCCUCUCCGCGUCCUCCUCAGCGGGCGAGACGCUCAACCGACUCAUCCUCGUCAUCCGCUUUUUGCUCUGGCGCCGCUCCGCUGGCGACGCUGCCUUUGCGGCCGGGCUCAACCCGGAGGCCGUCAGGCACUACUCCAAAGUUCUCGAGUCCAAGAAAGGCAUUCCCCAGUCACUAGCCGCCUCUCUCUUUCUCCGCCGAGCCGCAGCCUUCCAAGCCUCCAGCCGCAUCGCCGAUGCUAUCGCCGACUGCUCCCGAGCCUCAGCCCUGGAGCCUCACCGAGCCGACGCGCUCUGGUGCCGAGCCUGCCUCUACCAGUCCGUCGGCUGCUUCCAGGAGGCUUCCCAAGACCUGGAACGGCUUCUCUCGUUUUAUCAGGAGCUGUUGGCGUCAGCAGGAGGGGGCAGGGAUCUCUGGUUACGGUUACAGAUCAGCUGCGGGUUCUGUGCUGCUUGCUUCUUUGACGAGGCUCAGCAGGAGCAGCGCGAGCAGCAGCGGGAGCAGCGGGAGCAGCAGCGCGAGCAGAGGGAGCAGCAGAGGGAGGCGUUGCGGGAAGGGUUAGCAGCCUCCCUAGCUCUAGCUGCCUACCGCAUCGCACUCAUCCGUAACUCAGAAGCCCGCGCCCUCACAUUCGUCGAGAAGUGCGCUAUCAGGGACGGGCGUAGCUCUGAAGAAGUGAAAGACGAGGUGAUGCACGAGUGGGCUAGGUUAGAUGGCGUGUUACAGGAGGCUUACGCCCAGCUGAUACAGGCCACGGGAGGGAACAAGGACUCUGCUGCUGCUGCCGCUGCCGCGCUGCAGGUUCAUGACUUAGAGGAUAUGGAUGGGGAGGACGGGGAAGGGGAGGGGGACGGGGAUGAGGACGGGGGAGCGGAGUGGGGGGAGGGGGAGGGGGAAGGGGACGGGGGGGAUGCGGAGGGGCGGAUGCGGAGACGAGGGGAGAGAAGGAAGCUGUUUGGAAGGAGGCUGCCUGGUACGCCUAGUUUUAACCUGAGGAGGGGUGGAGAUGAGAUGGAUGUGGGACGGAUGCUGAGAGGGAAGUCUAAGGUGUGGGAGAGGGGGUCCGGGAAGAGAGGAGGGAGGGAGGAGAUGGAGGGGAAAGGAGAAGGCGGGGACUGGUGGCGGAAAGGGAGGAGGGAUAAGAAGAUGAGGGAUGAGCGGGGGUGGCGGGAGAGGGAGGAGAGGAGGGAGCGGGAGCAGGAUUCGAUGGGCAUGAGUCCUAAGCUGCACUCGUUUCGGAUGGAGAGAUGGGUGGAGGAAGGGGCAUCGAUGGAUGGGAUGCGGUUGGAUUCGUUUGACUUCGGUGUGGUUGGGGAUGUGUUUGGAGGGCUGGGCAGUAGGAUGAAGAUCUGGAAGAAAAAGGAGGGGGUGCGGGCGGGGGGGAGGGAGAAGGAGGGGAGGGAGGAGGAGAAGGAGGAGAAGGGGGAUAAGGGGAGGGAGAAGGAGAGGGAGAAGGAGAAGGAGAGGAGGAGGAGGAAGAAGUUGGGGGUGGGGGAUUUGCUUGGGGAGGAGGAGGACGAUGAGGUUGAGCAACGGUCCAGAUUUGGUUUUGGGGUGCUGGCGUGGGAGAGAGAGAAGGAUAAGGAGAGGGAGAGGGAGAAGGAGCGAGAGCGGAUGGAGCGGGAGCGUGAGAAAGCAGAGAGGGAGCGGGAGAAGGAGAAGGAGCGGGCGGAGAGGGAGCGAGAAAAGGAGCGGGAGAGAGCUGAGAGAGAGAAGGAGAAGGCAGAGAGGGAGAGGGAGAGGCAGGAACGGAAGGAGAGGGAGCGGGAGGAGCGGGAAGAGCGACGGGAACGUGAGCGGGCUGUGAAAAAGGAGAAGGAGAGGGAGCGGCGAGAGAGGAGGGAGAGGAGGAAGAAGUUACAGGGAUCAGCAGAAGACUUACCAGGAGAGUUCAAAGAGGAAGUGGAAGGGAAGGAGAGAGCGAGGGAGAGGGAAGAAGACCGGCCCGAUACAGCAGGGGCUGUCGUGCAGAGAGCAGGGGAAGGGGGGGGUGAGAGAGAGAGAAGGGUUGCGGGCAGGGUGGCGAGUAUGGGCAGGGAGAGUGAUAGUGAGGGUGAGUAUGAGCGGGAGCAGUGGAAUCCUGGCGGAGGUGAUUAUAACGAAGGGGCUGAUUCGUUUGUGGACCGGUUGGUUGUGCAUGAGGGGGGUAAAACGGGAGGAGAGAGUGACACGGAGUGGGGGAAAAUGAGGGAGUGGGGGAGGAUGCGGAAGUGGGGGCGGAAGAGGAGGGGAGGGGCAGCGAGAGGGGGGAGGAGGGAGAGUGACAGCGAGAGCGAUGCAGAGAGCGAUAGGAGGUUCAGGAGAGGGAGUGGGGAGUGGCUUCGUGGCACGGCCAGUGCAGGUGUGGGAGGGGGAGGGUUGGGAGGAGGAGGGAGUGAGAGUGAUAGUGAUCGUGAGGGAGUGAGUGAGAGUGAGAGGAUUAAUGAGCUGAUUAUGGGGGAGGGAGGGGGGCUUGGAGGGGCGUUGACAGUGGGAGCGACAGGAGGAGAAGCAGGAGUAGCAGGAGGGGCAGUAGGCGCAGCAUUAGCAGGAGGAGCAGCAGCAGCAGGUGACGUGGCAGGCGGAUCAGGUUCAUUCCCCUCCUUCCCUUCUCUCUCAGAUACGCUGACGUCAGCAGGGCAGAGCGAGGAAGCUUCCUUUGCAACUUCUGAGACGUCAAGCCUCGGGGGUGUGGAGGAGGAAGGGGAGGGAGGGCAGGCGGAGUUUCUGCUGGGAAGUGAGGUGGUGGAGAAAGGAAGGGCAGACAAGGGAAGGACAGAGAGGGUGGGAGAAUCAGGAGGGGAUCAGGAGCAGCAGGGGACGGAAAAUUUGGCAGCGGCGGCAGGAGGGGCAGGAGGGGGUGGUAUGGGCCGGGCAACUUCAUUCUCAUUCUACAACCCGGUCCCAAUCACACCAGGCGAUUCCUCCACGCCAGCUGCUGCCGCUGCUGCUGCCACAGCAGCUGCCGCUGCUGCGGCUACUGGAUCCUCCACAGGUCACGCUACCCCUGCCUUGUCCCAUUCCUCCUCUUCUUCCUCCUCCCCGUUAACCUCUCUUUCAUCUCUUUCCUCUCUUCCAUCUGCUGGUACUCCUUCCUCUGCUACCUACACUCCUUCCGGCCCUUCCCCUGCUGCUCCCACCACACUCGAACGGCUGCUGAUUGGUAAGCCUUCGACUCCACCUUCCCGCACGCUUUCAUCCUCCAUCCCAUCCUCCGUAUUGGCUGCUUCGUUAUCAGGCAGCCCGAUGGGAGGGAAGAAAGAGAAAGAGGAAGGGUUCACGCCUAAUACCAGUGCGGGUGGCAGUGGGGGAGGUGGUAUUGGGAGCAGUUUCUUUGAAGCUGCACAGAAGGGCGCAGGUGCGGGGAUAGGGCUGGGUGUGGGUGCAUUGCAGUCUGUAGGCGCGCUCAAGUUCCGACGGAAAGUGGAUGAUAAAGGGGAGGGGAGGGCAGCGGAGGGACGAGCGGGGGAGGGGCGAGGAGGGGAAGAAGGCGGGAGAGAGGGAGGAGAGGGUGGGAAGGAGGGGCGAGAAGGAAAGGGUAGGCGGGAAGGGAAGGAGGGGAGGGUUCAGAGGGAGGUGGGUGAGGGGAUGGAAGGGGAGGAGGAGGAGGAGAGGAAGAAGAGUGAGAAGAAGGGGGAGAAGAAGCGGCAUGGGAAUGUGUUCAAGAUAGGGGGGCUGUUGGGAGGAGGAGGGAGUGGGGCGGGAAACAGCCUUGGUAGUGGCAAUACAGGUAACAGCAACAACAGCAACAACAGCAACAGCGCUGGUGGUGCUGGUGACGUGGCUAUAGUCUCUCCAACAGCUGCCACCUCAGCGUCUGUCUUCGCCAUGUCAGCGCAGACAUCUGCCUCCUGGGAAGGUUCCGGGCAGGAGCCAGGCGUUCUUAGCCCCCACGAAGCCCCUAUUGCCGCCACGACAGCAGCAGGUGCAGCAACUGCAGCAGCAGCAGCAGCAGCAGCAGCAGCAGCAGCAGCAGCAGCAGCAGGUGCACAUAUGCAAUCAGGUGAGUCAACCGGGCUAGGAGAAGCAGCAACCCCCCUCUCAGCCGAGUCCAGGGCAGGCUUAACUGGAGCAGGCUCAACCGGGGAGGGCUCAACUGUUGGUGCAGUGGCCAAUCCCGAAAUUUCUCUAAAGCCAGGAUUGCUGGCAUUGGCGACAGGGGGAGGGAGGGGAGGGUUCGGGGUAGGGAGUUCGCACGAGCAAGGGGGGGGGAGACAAGCAGCAGGAGGUACGACAGAAGCAGCUUCAGGGGAAAAUGCACCGCUCUCCACCGCUCCGCACACCCUGCGGGCGAGCAGAAGCAGCAGCUUCGGCAGCUAUCACCACGGCAGCAGCGGCGGCCGCAGUGCCAGCUUAGGCAGCAGCGCUAGCUUCAGAAACGCCAUGUUUGGAGGCUCGGUUGCAACAGAUGGCUCUAGAGCAGCAGCAGGAGGGGGAGGAGCAGGAGGAGCAGGAGGAGCAGGAGGAGCAGGAGGAGGAGCAGGAGGAGGAGGGGGAGAGUGGGGGGGUGUGGGGGGCGGGGUGGGAGCAGUGGCUUCUUCACCUGGAGGCGGGUUAGAACAGACAAGCGAUGCUACUCUUUGGCUUCCAGUGCCGCCCCACGCCGACCAUUUCGGUGCCGUUACCGCCGCAGGUACUCCAGGUGCUUCGCCAGGUGGUUUCUCAGGUGAAUUCAACGCGAUCAUGUCCCCGACCACGCCACCUGAGCCACACUCCAGCCACCCCCACUCCCUCACUCCACCACUUCCGGAAGUAGAGGAAGGGGAUGAGGAGGGGGCGAUAGGCGGGGAGGGGGAGGAGGGGGAGGAGUGUGGGGAGGGCGAGGGAGGGGAGGCAGCAACACCGAGUGCGGUGGAGGGGAGGGGUGCAAAGAAAAUGGUGGCUCAGGCUGUGUUGGGAGGGCUCAAGAAGGGGCUCAGGACAGGGUCUCAGCUGGGGAAGAAAAUCGCCGCUGCCACUAUGAGCCCGCAGAGGGGGACGGGGUCUCAGCUGGGGAAGAAGCCUGCUGCUGCCACUAUGAGCCCGCAGAGGGCCCUCGCGACAGCAAUCACCAAGGAGGUAGACCUGAUGAACACCAAGAUCGCAGCCACCAUCCGCAGCAGAGCAGGCUCCUCCAUACCCACCGCCCUCCCAUCCCCCUUCUCCUCCCCUUUUUCCUCAUAUUCCCCCUUUCUUCCCAAUCCGCGCAGGGCCCUCGCGACAGCAAUCACCAAGGAGGUAGACCUGAUGAACACCAAGAUCGCAGCCACCAUCCGCAGCAGAGCAGGCUCCUCCAUACCCACCGCCCUCCCAUCCCCCUUCUCCUCCCCUUUUUCCUCAUAUUCCCCCUUUCUUCCCAAUCCGCGCAGGGCCCUCGCGACAGCGAUCACCAAGGAGGUAGACCUGAUGAACACCAAAAUCGCAGCCACCAUUUGCAGCAGGGCAGGCUCCUCCAUACCUACCCCCCUCUCAUCCAAAUUCUCCUCCCUUUUUUCCUCUUAUUCCCCUUUUCCUCCCAACCCCGCAGGGCCCUCGCGACAGCAAUCACCAAGGAGGUAG